UGAAGGUAGAGCAGCCUCGGUCUUGGUCUCAUUUCCCUAGCAGGCGGACUUCCUCCUGCAGGGGGAAUCCCUGGCUGGGAGGAGCAGGGCCCUUCCUCUUGGCGGCUGUAGAGCGUUCAGCAGUUCGGCAGGUGCAGGCACAGGCUCUAGCCAGGAGCCAGGGUGGGAGCUGGCCUGGAAGGGAGCUCAAAACCAUAGGAAGGACUGCAGGGCUGAGUACCAGGCCUGGGCCCCUGGGUCUGGGGAGGAGAGCUGCACUGGCAGGGGGGCUUGGUGCAUUUUCUUUUGUCUCUUUGUCCAGAGAGCCUUAUGUAAGAACUCUUCUCGGGAAACAGGAAGUCCAGCUUGCCAAGUUCAGCACAGGGAGUAGUGCAGGCCUGGUUCCAACACACCCGGCCCAGCCUUCACCCCAGCACCCUGCCAGUUUCUCGUCCCUGGUUCUCUUCCCUGCUGGCCCCUAAGCCCCUCUUUUCAUCUUCAGUCACCUCUAAUAAGCCUCCUCAGAGAUCUCGUCCAUGCCUGAGUCAGAGGGUCUGCCACAUUCACCUUCUAAACCUCAAUGCUGCCCAGCUUAUACCCCUUCCCUGCUCCUGGCACCGUGCCCCAUAACCAACCGACCUUCCCUCCUCCAACUCAGGGGCCGCCCCUGGGCUCCUGAAUGCUGGCCGCUCCUUCUGGGUGUCACAGGCCGCUCUGGCCUUCCUAGAUAAUUGGCACCAAAUUCUCUUGAGGCUGGGAGGGGGGCGGUGACGGCGUGACACCAGCUCCACAGUGGGGGCUAGGGGUACUAACAGUGCCCCUAGUUUGCUUUCUUCCUUUCUCUUUUUUAUUCUCAAGUUCCUUUUUAUUUCUCCCUUGCGUAACUGCGCUCUUUCCUUCCCUGCCUUUGCCUGUAUUCCUACCCUCCCUGCUACCUCCUGGCCACCUCAUUUCUGAGACCACAGCUGUUGGCAGCGUCCCCAGCUCAUGCCAGCCUCAUCCCCAGGCAACAUGGGGGGCUCAGUCCGAGAGCCGGCCCUCUCGGUUGCUCUUUGGUUGAGUUGGGGGGCGGUUCUGGGGGCUGUGACUUGUGCCGUGGCGCUACUGAUCCAACAAACAGAGCUGCAGAGCCUGAGGAAGGAGGUGAGCCGGCUGCAGCGGAGUGGAGGGCCUUCCCAGAAGCGCGGAGAAUGUCCAUGGCAGAGCCUCUGGAAACAGUGUCCUGAUGUCCUGGAAGCCUGGCAGGAUGGGGAGAAAUCCAGGAGAAGGAGAGCAGUGCUCACCCAGAGGCGCAAGAAGAAGUACUCAGUUCUGCAUCUUGUUCCCAUUAACAUCACCUCCAAGGUGGACUCCGAUGUGACGGAGGUGAUGUGGCAACCAGUUCUUAGGCGUGGGAGAGGCCUGGAGGUCCAAGGAUACGUUGUCCGAGUCUGGGACACUGGAAUCUAUCUGCUAUACAGCCAGGUCCUGUUUCAUGAUGUGACUUUCACCAUGGGUCAGGUGGUGUCUCGGGAAAACCAAGGAAGCCGGGAGACUCUAUUCCGAUGUAUCCGAAGUAUGCCCUCGGAUCCCGACCGUGCCUACAAUAGCUGUUACAGUGCAGGUGUCUUUCAUCUACAUCAAGGGGAUAUUCUCACUGUCAGAAUUCCACGGGCAAAAGCAAAACUUAGCCUUUCUCCGCACGGAACCUUUCUGGGGUUUGUGAAACUAUGAUUGUGCUAUAAAAGCGGUAUGGGCCAUACUGGAGACUGCAAGAACUGGCUAGACAAAGGAAAGCAAAUGGUCAAGAAUGGCCCUGCUUGGGUUUGAAUUCGUGACUCUCCGUCCUCCCUCUGCCUUUCCCGCCCCCACUCUCUGGGCUUUGACUUAAAGGCUAUUAAAAAGGUAGAAGAUUUUGCGUUUAUCUUCCA